CCCUCGCGAUUCAGAGUUUCAGUACGAAUUGUCGUGUCAAGCGCACAGGAAGCGAUCGCAACCCGGAUCGGAUUGGAUCGCAUUGGAUCGUAUCAUCGGAUCGCAUAGGAGCCCCAUAUGUACUAUAUACGUACUGCGCAGACUUUACGGUGAACAGCGUCGAUCGCAUGUGGACAAACAAUUAAAUACAAGGUCACAGAAGCGCUAAAAAAAGAAGAUAUAAGGUCGGAAGAUAUAACAACAAACCAAGAUGACGGCCAACACAGCCACGUCGGAGGAACAUCUGCUGGGAAAUGGUGGCCAGCCCCAGGAGCCCUCCACGCCCACCUCGGAAACGGAACCCACCGAACUGAGCGAGAUCUUCUUCGUGGACAACAGUCGCCGCAAGCAGAGCAUCAAGAUCCAGGUGAAACUCUGUCCCGAGGGCGUUUACCUGCGCCGCGAGACCGACGAGGAUGAUCACAUCAACGAGCAGCUGAUCAGGAUCGAUGAUAUCAUAGGCUCCCGCUACGGACCGCGUCUGAAGAAACGUGCCCGUGGCGGUCUUAACUCAUGUCGGAACCCCAAUGUCUCAGGCCAGGAGGCGGAACCCGAACCGGAUAGCGAUAAUAGCGCCUACCUGUACAUCUAUGCCUAUCUGAAGAAGGAGAAACCCCUGAGGCGGGUCCAAACUCUUAGGAUUCUACGCUUUCGAUCGAGCAAUGACUAUUCGGUCAAUCUUCAGACCGCCGAACAAUGGCAUCAUACGAUUCGUAAGCAUAAGCGUGGCAGUGGCAGUAGUUCCCCCGGUGAUUCGGGCAAACAAUUGCUCAUCUUACUCAAUCCCAAAUCCGGUUCGGGCAAGGGUCGUGAGCUCUUCCAGAAACAGGUGGCACCCCUGCUGACGGAAGCGGAGGCCCAAUACGAUCUGCAGAUCACCACACAUCCGCAGUAUGCCAAGGAGUUUGUGAGGACCAGGAAGGAUCUGCUAGAGCGCUAUUCUGGCAUUGUGGUGGCCUCUGGCGAUGGUUUGUUCUACGAAGUUCUCAAUGGAUUGAUGGAACGCUUGGAUUGGCGCAGGGCCUGCAGGGAGUUACCACUCGGCAUCAUACCCUGUGGCUCUGGAAAUGGUUUGGCCAAGAGUGUGGCCCAUCACUGCAACGAACCCUACGAACCCAAGCCCAUUUUGCACGCCACUCUCACUUGCAUAGCUGGUAAAAGUACACCCAUGGAUGUGGUCCGAGUGGAACUGGCUCCACGGGAUAAGCACUUUGUGAUGUACUCCUUUUUGUCAGUGGGUUGGGGUCUUAUAGCCGAUAUCGAUAUAGAAAGUGAGCGCCUGAGAUCGAUAGGAGCGCAGAGAUUCACACUUUGGGCCAUCAAGAGAUUGAUUACGUUGAGAACCUACAAGGGCAGGGUGUCCUACCUAUUGCCCAAGAACAAAAAGGAUCAGGAACCACCCGUGGAGGCGGCCAAGGAGGCACGAGAGUUGGCCGUGGAUGAGAAGAGCCCAUCGGUGCGUUCUUCUCUGCCCAUAAACGCUAGUGAAUUUCGCGAUUUACCCGAGGAAGAUGAGGAUGAUCUUGAGGGAGAACAGUUUGCCGAUGCCAUAUCCCUGGAUCGUUCGGUCUAUCGCCAACAUGCGGACAGCUGGCACUCGGCCAUGUCCCGGAGAACGGCCUACUACUCCCUCGGAGGACCCAGUCUGCACUCCAAUCGCAGCCGGAUGAGCCUGAGCCAGCGGAUUGAGGCAGCCAAUGCGGAUUUCGCAGAGAAGGUGCCAACGGGCACGAUUCCUGGUUUGCAGGUGCCACUUCAGGGCACCGAGAAUUGGGUCUGCGAGGAUGGGGACUUUGUGAUGGUUCAUGCCGCCUACACCACCCAUCUCUCCUCCGACGUGUUCUUCGCCCCGGAAUCCCGGCUAGACGAUGGCCUCAUCUACCUGGUGAUCAUCCGCAGUGGCGUGAGUCGCCAUCAGCUGCUUAACUUCAUGCUCAGCCUGAACACGGGCACCCAUCUGCCCGAGGGAGAGGAUCCCUUCAUCAAGGUGGUGUCCUGCCGAGCAUUCCGGAUCGAGCCGAACACCUCCGAUGGCAUCCUGGUGGUCGACGGCGAACGGGUGGACUACGGACCCAUUCAGGCGGAGGUGAUGCCCGGCCUGAUCAAUGUGAUGACCACCAGUGGUCAGUAGUAAUAAGGAUUUCAGAACUAUCAGACAGGGAGAAUUGGGUCGGACACCGUGAAAUUACCUAUUUGAUAACUAACUACAUUCAGUGAAUGUCUCCAUUCAAUAGCUUCUUUAGGUCCUAACCAAAUAUAUAUAUUUUAUAAGAAGCCCUUUCACUGAAUAAAAUAAUAAUGCUUACAGAGAAAGGAUAAUGUAAUCCCAGCUAGUAUAUAUCUUGCCUGCAUUCAAACUAAAAACAACUAAUAAUUGUUUAUACUAACCGUCUUUGCUGUAAAAAUACCAUACAUUUUGAUAAUAGUUAAGAAUUAAGUUUGUUCAAAGUACACGUUUUGACAUUAUUAGGUACUAAUCAGCAACAUUUGUUAUCUCUACUACUAUUAUUAGUCAUACCCAUUCUCAUAGUUCUGAAUCGCAAUCUGUAAUUUUUCCAUCCGCCCAUGUAUCAAAAAAAAAA